GUUUGAGGUAGGGGCACAGGGCCACCACCGGCCUGGGAUCCCGGAAGAGAAGACAGCCACGCCUGGGCCCUGCUCUAGCGAGGACUGGGGAGGGCGCCUCGCCGGCCCUGUUCCUCGGGCACCCUGUUGGGUUGGAAGCCGGCCUGCCCGGCCGGGCGCCUGGAUUCCUCUGAGUGUGACUGAGGGUCUGGGAUGGAAGAUGGGGCAUCGGAUGUUGUGUCAAGUGCAAUAAAGAAGCUGGAAGGUCUCUAAGUUGCCGCUAGUCUCUGUGUCUCGGCGAAGGAAAGUGGUGAAAGCAAUGCAUUGUGGGAAAGGGGGUCUAAAGCGGCCUGUGCUCAGCGCUGCCCUGGGAAGCAGGCCGGGCUGCGCAACCCCCGCCCCCGCCAACAGGGGUCGCCCCGGGACCCAGCGGGAGCGCGUGCCACGUGGCCGGAAACGCACUGCGUGUUGGCGUCGCUGCGAGGCCGGGUGAGGUGGGUGCGGUGGGCGAGGUGGGCGGGCAGCCUGGACUUCACCGGGACAGACAGGGUGGUGCCCACCACGGAGGGAGGCUGAGACCGAGUGGGCGCCACGGAGGGCGAGGCAGACGGGGUGGGAGGCCGGGCAGCGAGGGGCCGGGCACAGAGGUGCGGCCCUGCCCUUCCCUCCCCCAGACGCGGCAUGCUGCCCUGGCCCCUUCCACGGUGGGACGCCAGCGAGGAGCAGGCGCCGGAGGAACAGGGCCCCUCACCGUUCGGUGACCCUGGCAAGGUUCGGAACUCUGGAGGGAAAGCCCUGGGGGAGCCAGGUGCCCCCCCACAGGACAGCCCCCAGUUCCGGGCCCCAAGGCCUUCCUGGACCCGGAGAGGACAGUGGCAGGCCCCGCCCCGUGCAGGCCUGGUAGCCCAGCAGCACCCGGGACCCCCAGUUCCCCUUUUUCCCCAGAUGGCCUGGGGGGUGGCCCCUUCGAGAAUGACCCUGCUGGCACCAUGGGACCCCAACUAUGAGGCUAAAGCUGGUUCUCAGCCGGUGUGGGGACCCAGCUGUGCUUCCGGUGCCUCUUUCUCAAGCCGGACUUUGUGUCAUCCUUCCUUCUGGCCGCUGUACGAGGCAGCCUCAGGUAGGGACCGCAGACCCCUGACUUCUGCAACAGUACAUCGGAAUGGCGAGCAGGCACCCAGGGAUGCAGACCCUCUCCUGCCCCCUGGGCAGCGUGUUCCCUUGUACCUGCCUGAAGCCCCUCAGCAGGUGGGUACUUUCCUGCCCUGGCCUUUUCUCAGCCUCCCUGCAGGGCUUGGGAGGAGACACUUCCCUCUCUUCUCUCCUCAGGUGAUGGGCUCUCUGAAGCUGCUGCUCCCGCCCCCUAUCAUGUCCCCCCGGGUGUGCCCCACCCGGUCCCCUGGCUGCUGCACCACCUGGCUCAGUGGGCCUGAGCUGAUCGCCCUCACUGGCCUCCUGCAGAUGAGCCAGGGGGAGCCAAGACCUAGCUCCAUGGGUUCCUCGGCAGCUCCCACCCCCCCUUCUGAUCCCCUAGACCCUGUUUCUGAUCACGCAGGCCCCAGUGGUUCUCACUGCACUGACCCAUCUCUCCGACAGACCCCAGAAACCAAUUGUCCAUAGCACCUCUGGGGGCAUCAUGGGUCCUCUACUCUCUCGGGCGGUUCUGUUGACAAUAAAUGUGUUCGUUUGCAAA